GCACCUACCACCCGACAUAUACUGCCAACUGCCUUUUCGUUCAUAUGUUCGUGAGUGACACGAUGGAUCUGUGCUUGGAGGGGUGGACCAAUGUAUAUGUCGCGCAAGAGACCAACUGAUCCCAAACAUUGUUUUUCUUUACUGUUCGCUAUGGCAGAUAUCGUGCAGGCAUCAUCUUCCUGUUUUGCCUGAGGUGUGCCUCAGCUGGGGCAUUUUGAAAUGUGCUAUUACUAUCGUGGUCUUUUCUUUUGCAACAUGGUAAUAUUUUUGUCAAUUUGGAGUUGUUUGGUCUGACUAUAUAUAUGUCUUUGGUAAUAUCAUGGAUUGGAACAAAAUGAUCGGCUCUGUUUAUAUGCCAGGAGGGCCUGUGUUCUACCCUAGUCUUAUCAUGUUAGCUGAUUGUCCUGUCCCUCUGUUGGUAUGCUCAUGGACAAUUGUAUGUUAUCAUGUUAGCUGAUUGUCCUGCGUUGUAUUAGUAUAUACUCGAAUACAUGAUUUUUUUCUCUUUGGCUACUGAAUUUUAUUGCUAUUCUUCUGCACACAUGUACAUGCGGCUCCGGUUCUAUUAUACUGUACAUCAGGUUCAGUAUUCACAAUUAUUUUCAUGAGUCCAAGGAUAGUUCUGUUUGGUGUCGUGUCCUGUAUAAUUAAUGGUCAUGAUUUAAUUACAAGUGAAAACAUUUGUAUCCGUUGAAACGCAAUGGUUUCCCCCCUGCAUUGUGAUAAUUAAUUUACAUUUGCAUUAUAGUAGGCUCCAAAUCCUAUUAAGUGUGAUACGAAUGGGAAUGGAAUAUUUAUGAAUAAGAAAGCUUUCUUACUCCUGUUGGAUUUUAUGUCGCAGCAAUAUCCCUGUUUUUGUUUCCCUGCAAGACUCGAGCUAUAUGUAAUAGUGCUAUAACUUUCAGCAUCUCCUAAAGUACAUCCUAAGUUGUAUUCAAUCAACACUACUAUUUUAAUUUCCAUUGCAGCUUUCUGAAAUAAGUUUACCCGUCUUGCUGAAUGUUAAAAAAACAGAAGGUAUCUUAAGUACAACCAUAGACUGCCUGCACAGUCCUUCCAAAGGAAAAAAAAUCUGACUCGCUGUUUUGAUUCAGCAGCAUUGCUUUUCAGAUAAUAUAGGAGAGUGGAAGGUUCAUUCUCAUUUUUCUUUUUUGUAUUUUUUCUUGUUAAUACUUAUAUUAUUUAUUCUUGCAAAUCUGUACUAUUGAAAUAGAAAGAUCAUCUUGUGUUGUUCAGACCCAUACACUUAUCCUGCAAUAUGUGAAGGAAUGCUUAUAUUGGCAUCCUGCUGUAGAAAAUGGUUAGCUUAGCAGCAACUAUUGUGUCUUCUAAUUAUGUCGCCUCAAAUUUGUAGGAACGCUAUUGUUGCUUUCGAAAUGCUAUUGGAUCUUAUAAAAAUUUUUGGACCUGUUAUUCAUUCAACAUUGUCAGUUAGCUCACUCGUUGGAGUAGAACUUCAAGCCGAACAGAGGUAUGCUCUCCAACUUUACUCGGGGAAGGGAACUGGGUGUUGCUAAGAGAGAUGUUUUAAAAACUUGUGUUGCUACAAGACACUAAGGAACUCGGUCUGAGGUGGCGAGUUGGUCGCGAACUUAUGUUUUGCUUAUACUGGUCCUGUUCCUGAUAAGGGUGUGUGUAUCGAGUGUUUGCCAAUUUAGUUCUGGCAUGUUGAGUCCAUGGACAAGUAUGGAUUAUUCUCUAUAGCUUUAGCUAAUUUAGGAGACAACCGCUGUUUUCCUGCACAUUUGCAUAUAUUCAACGACUCCGAUCUUACAAAAUGUUAGGUCUCCUUAGUUCCAAAUAUGGUUUUACAGGUUCUAAAAUUAUUUCUUUGAUGCGAGGUGCCAUGCUGUGGAUAACAAGGAGAUUAUCAAGGCGGAGCGGCGGUGAGUAUGGAGCUCAUAAUCAUCAGUUCAUCACCAUGAAGCAGAAGGAAUGGUAUAGCUUUGCCAUGCUGGACUUUGGCAGCCGCUGCUCCUCGGCAAUCAACAGGAGGUACAGCCGCUGCCACCACUCCUUCGCAGCGAUGCAGGCCAGCGACGAGGAGGCUCGCAAUGGUGGGGGACACAUCACCAUCUGCCGGAGAGGAGAAAGGCAUACCUACCCCUUAACGAUUGAAAUGCAGGUCCAGGGAAAACAUCUGGUCCUCACAUCACAACACCCGAGCAAGUCUGGCUUGCUCGCCAUGGCCUACCACAUCGGCGAGACGGAUCGAGCACGUGAUCACCAUCAGCAGGUCUUUCGUCACAACACCCAAGCGAGCGAGAUGUUCAGACAAAGUUAUAUGAUACACUGCUAUUGACAUAUGUCGUAGAUGGACAGUACAUAUCGUUUCUCUCCAUGUUACAAUUUCUGUGACCUCGGCAUUUGGAAGACAUGUCAUCCGAAUCGUCUAUCAUGAUCGAACCAUUACUAUCACAAGCAUCUUACUUUUAGAAAUCCAUAUGAUGGUUCAGUUAUCUAUAUUAUGUGUGCCAUUUGUUACCUCUGAAAUAUAUAUUAUGUGUGCCCUGUCACGUUGGUUUAUUUUUGGUGCCAAAAUGCUGCUGAGCAUUUGGUGUGACUGAUUGCACUGCCCAUUUAGUGUUGUCUGGGCAUAUGCCAUGUAUUGGACACAACCAUGUUAUCUAUAAAGGCAAUUUUUCACUUCUA